GACGACGCGCGUUCGAUGCCGGACGCGGGUUCGAUGCCGGACGCGGGUUCGAUGCUGGACGGCGUGCCCAUCGCGGUCAAGGACAACUUCUGCGUUCGCGGCGCCCCGACCACCGCGGGAUCCAGGAUGCUCCGAGGGUACGAACCGCCGUUGGAGUCGACGGUGACCCGCCGAUUGCGAGCCGCGGGCGCCGUGAUCGUCGGCAAGUGCAACAUGGACGAGUUCGGGAUGGGUUCGGCCAACGUCAACUCCGCGUCGGGCGCGUGCAUCAACCCCUGGGUCGCGAGGCCCGCGAGACGCGAGCCCGGCCCGGAUGGCCCCGUCGACGACCACCGACUGGGUCCGCGGACCGCCGGGGGCAGCUCGGGCGGAAGCGCGUGCGCCGUGGCGUCCGGCGCCGCGAUCCUCGCCGUGGGCAGCGACACCGGCGGCAGCGUGCGCCUCCCGGCUGCCUACUGCGGCGUCGUGGGCAUGAAACCCAGCUACGGCUCCGUGUCCAGGUGGGGCCUCGUGCCCUACUGCUCCUCGCUCGAUACCCCCGGGUUCCUCGCGAGGAGCGUGAGCGACGCCGCGGUGGCGAUGCACGUGACGCACGGGUUGGACCCGCUGGACUCCACGACGACGCGCGUCGGGAUGCCCCUGGCGGGGUGGCGCGUCGGUGUCCCGGUCGAGUACGACGUCGCCGAGUGCACCGCCGAGGUUAGAGCCGCGUGGAGCGAGACGUGUUCGCUGCUGGAGAGGCUGGGCGCCGCCGUGACGCGCGUGUCUCUGCCGAGCACCGCCGCCGCGCUCGCCGCGUACUACGUCUUGGCCCCCGCGGAGUGUGCGAGCAACCUGGCGAGAUACGACGGGGGGGUUUUCGUCCCUUCCGGUAAGGACGGGGGCUUUCACGAGUCCACCGCGCGCGCUCGAUCCCACGGUUUCGGCCCCGAGGUCCAACGGCGCGUGCUGGUCGGCACGUACGUCCUCGGCACCGACGUCACGGCGCGGUACUUGGACAGGGCGCGGAGGGUGCGACGCGUCGUGGCGGCGGACGGUCACGCGCGGGGGGUGUCGCACACCGGGGUGGACCUGCUUCUCACCCCCACCGCGCCGACGGUGGCGCCUCUGCUGUACGGACCGGGCGGGGUGGGCGAGGGAGGCGGGUUUGAUCAUCAAUCGGGAAUGGACGAUUCGGCGACGGCUGGGUACGCGGCGGAUGCCAUGACGGUGCCCGCGAGCCUCGCGGGGCUCCCCGCCAUCUCGCUGCCCGUGGGUUUGGGGUUCGAGAGCGGCAUGCCCGUCGGGAUGCAGCUCAUCGCGCCCAGAGGGUGCGACGUCGAGCUCAUCGGCGCCGCUUGGCACGUCGAGCGGGCG